CUGCCUAUCACCUGCAUGGCUUUUCUCCUGGUCUGUCUCCUGGGCGCUCACCUUUGCUCAGUACAGAUAUACUGGAUAACAGGCAAAACACCAAUUCCUGGCGGAUGUGAAGAGGGCCAAGAGAGGGCAGCAGCUUCAGAACGCACAACUGAGCUUGCUCGUGUUUCCCGAGCAUGCUCAGUCGCAAGGACGCUGCAAACCCAGAAGCAGCCGCAGGUUUCGAGUCUCUUAGCAAGGCCGGAACAGCCUGUUCCCGGAGCCCUUCCCUUGCUUAGCUGGGUGACCCCCUUCCCCUCCCCCAGCCUGGGCGGCACCCGGCCUAGCCCUAUCCCGAAAAGGGGGUGGGUUGGUGGGAGAGAGGUCGGCGCUUUUCCUUGCAGCCCACCCCUCUUACCCAAAUGUAUAUAGGGAGCUGAGAGGGCGCCGCAUCUCCUGACAUCCUGGUGCAACUGAGGUCGGAUCCUCCCGCUGCCGAUGCAAAGAUGGCUUUGCUAAGCCCCUGCGUGCCCGACUUGCAGCGCUUGCUGGAGAAGGACCCCUACCUGACUCCCUUUGAGCAGGACUUCGAGCGCAGGUAUAGUCUCUUCCAUCGCAUCUUGAAGAACAUUGAAGAAAAUGAAGGUGGCCUUGACAAAUUUACAAAGAGUUACCAAACAUUUGGAGUCAACAGAUUUAUUGAUGGAGGAUUGUACUGUAAGGAAUGGGCUCCUGGGGCAGAAGCUGUGUUUCUUACCGGAGACUUCAAUAACUGGGAUCCAUUUUCUCACCCAUAUAAGAAAAUGGAUUUUGGGAAAUGGGAGUUGUUCAUCCCACCUGGACCAGAUGGAUCUCAUCCUGUGCCACAUGGAUCAAAACUAAAGGUGGUUAUCCGAAGCAGAAGUGGAGAACUCCUCUACCGUAUUUCCCCCUGGGCAAGAUAUGUAACUCAGGGUACCAAUGUGAACUAUGACUGGGUCAAUUGGGAGCCACCAACCCCAUACAGACGGAGACAUCCUGUUCCUAAGAAGCCUAAAAGCUUAAGGAUCUAUGAAUCUCAUGUGGGAAUUGCUUCCCCUGAAGGGAAAAUAGCUUCAUAUAAAAACUUCACACACAAUGUACUUCCGAAAGUCAAGGAUCUUGGAUAUAAUUGCAUUCAGUUGAUGGCUGUGAUGGAACAUGCUUACUACGCUAGUUUUGGUUAUCAGAUUACAAGCUUUUUUGCAGCAUCAAGCCGUUAUGGACCUCCAGAUGACUUGAAGGAACUAAUUGAUGUGGCCCACUCAAUGGGAAUUACUGUCUUGCUGGAUGUUGUGCACAGCCAUGCAUCAAAGAAUUCUGAGGAUGGCCUGAACAAAUUUGAUGGCACAGAUGAUGCAUUUUUCCACUCUGGUCCUAGAGGAACACAUGCAUUGUGGGAUAGCCGACUUUUUGACUACGCAAACUGGGAAGUCUUGAGAUUUCUUCUUUCCAACCUAAGGUGGUGGAUAGAAGAGUAUGCCUUUGACGGCUUUCGAUUUGAUGGUGUAUCAUCUAUGCUGUAUCACCAUCAUGGUAUUGGCACAGGUUUUAGUGGAGAUUACAAUGAAUACUUCGGGAUGCACGUUGAUGAUGAAGCUUUAGCAUACCUAAUGAUGGCAAACCACAUGAUACAUUUCUUGCAUCCAGAAUGUAUAACGAUAGCAGAGGAAGUAUCUGGAAUGCCUGCCCUUUGCUGUCCAAUAACAGAAGGAGGAACUGGAUUUGAUUAUCGAUUGGCUAUGGCAAUUCCUGACAAAUGGAUUCAGAUAAUUAAGGAGCUUAAGGAUGAAGACUGGGAUAUGGGCAAUAUAGUGUUCACACUAACAAAUAGGCGAUACGGAGAGAAAUACAUUGCGUACGCAGAGAGUCAUGACCAGGCUCUUGUUGGCGACAAGACCCUGGCGUUUCGGCUGAUGGAUGCAGAGAUGUAUGAGAACAUGAGUGUCAUCUCACCUUUUACCCCAGUUAUUGAUCGAGGAAUACAGCUUCAUAAAAUGAUUCGCCUCAUAACUCAUGCCAUGGGAGGAGAGGGUUAUCUCAACUUCAUGGGUAAUGAGUUUGGGCAUCCAGAAUGGUUAGACUUUCCCAGACAAGGCAAUAAUGAAAGCUUCCAUUAUGCCAGGAGACAGUUUCAUUUAGCUGAUGAUCAGCUUCUUCGCUAUCGAUUCCUAAAUGAAUUCGACAGAGAUAUUAACAAGUUGGAAGAAAGAUUUGGCUGGCUUUCAUCACCCCCGGCUUACGUGAGUGAAAAACAUGAAUCAAACAAAGUUAUUGCUUUUGAGAGGGCAAAUCUUCUGUUUAUAUUCAAUUUCCACCCAUCUAAAAGCUACACAGACUACAGAGUGGGUAUAGAAAAACCAGGAAAGUAUAAAAUUGCACUGGAUUCUGAUGCUCCGGAGUAUGCAGGACAUAGCAGACUGGACCAUAAUACAGAAUUCUUCUCACAGGAGUAUGGACAUAACUGUCUGCCUAAUUCUCUUUUGCAACCCAAUUCACUGAGUGCCAGUGAUCACCAGCCCCGAGGACGACAGCACACAUACUACCUGGAGGUGUACAUUCCAAGCAGAGUGGCUAUGGUGCUUCAGAAUAUGGAUAUCCAAAACUGAAGACAUCCAUCCUACAAUUAGAUCCAUGACGUCAAAGGCCAGGCAACAUUUUGAGGAAAGAGAUAUCCGGGGUUUACUGUUUGGAAACUUUUCUAUAUGAAGAUACAUAUUAAUACUGAGAGCAUUAAAUAUAUGCCUAUGGUUUGUUUAUAUUUUCCCGUUGUGAAAUGCUUAUUCAAAGAAAUAAGCAUUUAAAAUCAGAGGAAAGCAAAGGGCAUUGUUAACACCUCGACGGAUUGUUUAACAGACUUAGAUUUCAGAACAGCUGGUAUCCUCAAAGUAACUCUUCCAGUAUUUUAUGAGAAAUAAUUCAAAAACUGCCUUCACUGUUUUCAACUAUUUGCUUCAAUCCCAUUUAUAAUUUUGGUACCGAAUGCAGGUAUUUCAUUAGACGACAUUUUGUGUUAGAAAUAAAUAAUUAAUGAUGUUGUUGCCUUCAAAGGUGGCAUUAUGUGUUUGUUUGGCAGUGGGUUCCAAGUUUAUUAAAUGUUUUCAGUGUUUACAUAUGUUAAACCACUAAAAAAGCAAGGUUGUUAGAUUUAACAAACCUAUUGGAAAAAAUAUAUAUUUGGGGGAACGAUACACCUGAAAGUACUAUUAUACCCUAUGGAGCUUGCACAUAAUAAUGAUAAUAAUUUAUUAUUUAUAUGCCACCCAUCUGACUGGGUUGCCCCAGCCACUCUGAGCAGCUUCCAACAAAUUAAAACAUCAAACACAGUUAAAGACACAGGCUCAUUCCCAAACAUACUUUUUAAAAACCAAAGUCAAACAAUAAAUUGCUUAGGAAGCAAUCCAAGCCCAAGAUCCACCAGUAUGAGUAGAGUUUGGAAUUGGGGUAAUUUAGAACAUCAUAAAUUACACUGGGAUUUAUCAUGACAACUUCCUAUAGUUUGCAUUGCUCUGCUCCUCUUAUUUUUGUUUCAUUGUAUCAAAGCACCUCGUAGCCAGUUGUACAAAUGGCAGGCGAAGCUUCCAACUUCAGUAUCAUGCUUGGAAAUUGCGACCUCACAUCUUUAUAAAUCAAACUAUCUAACUUGCUAACCAUGAGUGAACACGUAUAGAACAUUAUUUCAAUCAAGCUAGGUGAUAAUUUAAAAUGUUAGUGUAACAGAAUUGAUUCUUCAGUACAUAUCUUGAGUGAGAUCCAGCGUAGUGUGAUCCUGAAUCCACUUGUGUAAUCGGGCUUCUCCUUCCCUCUGUGUCUCCCUCCAAAAAUAUCUGCUGUGUAGGAUUUGAAUCCACAAUCUUUGUCUCACUUUGUAAACUCCAAACUACUUGUGCCAGUAUUCACAGCACACUUGUAUCACAAAUGUAUUUCCUAACAUUUCACCAUAAUUGUUCAAGUGCAAGGUUAUAUGUGCCAAUGUGGUCCUAUAUAUAUAUAUAUAUAUUAGUAGAAUUUCUUCCCCUGCAUCUCCAAUAAUGUUUCUAUAUUGGAACCAAAUCAGCAAGGGAAAUUGCAUGCAGCGGCGGAGCUAGCCACUCUGGCACCCGGAGUGGCACACAUGCCGUGCACCCAGGGUUGGGGCAAUCAGCCCAUGGAGGUGAUUGGUGCAUUGACAAUCUGCCUGGGGGGGGGGCUAAUCGGCGCAUCAACGAUCUAACGGGUGUGGGGGCAAUUGGCGCAGCGGCGAUCCACCCAGUAGGGAUUUUUUCACCCCCUUCUGGGAUGACACCCAGGGCAGACCACCCCCCCAUCACACCCCUCCCUAUGCCCCUGAUUGCAUGAUUCAUUGCUGGGGCCAGGCAAUAUUCAUUUCACCCUGCCUACAGAGUUCUGACAUAAGAAUUGUUUCCUAAGGCCUUUGAGGGUUCAGGGGCGGCGGGAAGGAUAUCUUCCAUGAGAACAGAAAAACAAAUCUCAGUUCAGUCCCUCUGGAUCACAGAGGCAUUCAUAAAUGUUGUAGCUUCUGUUUGUGUUUAGUUCAUCAUGUCUGGGAAACAAUAAGUGCUGAUUAAUAUCCUACCUGUUUUUCAUUUGACAGUUUGCUAAGCAAGAGCCAAAUAAGUUACUGUUCUCACAUUUAAGUCCGUGGUGAGUCUGUAAUUGUUUUACAACCUUUAAAUCUGGAGGUGAGAUAAACAGCUCUAUAAAUAUCUGAUAUACUUUUUUGCUAAAUGGAUUUAUUAAUAUAUAAUGAAAACUUUACAGGCCCCGCGUCUGGGCAUGUAAAUGCAGUGCAAGGCAAUUGUCCAUGUCAAACUUUUGUGCAAGAAAAGCAAUAAAUAUAUAAUAUAAUUAGAAGCUAUAAAAUUACUUGCAAAUAAAUGGAGAGAUGUAAAAAAAAAA